AUGACUUCAUCUCCUAAGGCAAUCGUUCAAGUCGUAGAAAAUUUCAAUAAGAGCAAACUGGCUUUUGUGCAGACCAUUGCAGACCUGGCAAUCAAACCGGCGUACAUAGAAUGUCUUCGCAAACACGGCGUUAUCGCGAUGGCAAAGCCGUUGGUGGGCGACCCGAACACGACAGUCAGGACGAACGCGGUCCUGUUUUUAUCCCGAAUGAUCGGCCACAGUGAAUCGUGUGCCAUGGAAGUUUUAAGCUCUUCCGUCACGUUAGGGCGCGUUUUCGAUUGCGUCGCCAAAGAAAACAAAUACUAUAAAAAAAACUGCAUGGAUUUUAUUCGGAACAUUUGUAAGUACAAUGAGGAUUUCACUAAAAUUGUAUUGACGUCCGGAGGACUGGACGCCAUUUUAGUUUGUAUGGACGAUUUCGAUGUGCUCGUCAGAGAAUUUGCAUUGCAAGCUAUCGCAUCGGUAGCACGUCAUGGUCCUGACCUUUCGACGCAAUUAGUCAAUGCAGGUUUAGUGCCUCAAAUUUUGUUGUGCUUGAAAGAGCAGCCGACCACAUUGAAAAUUGCUUCGUUAGCCGCUCUAGACCGAAUCGCCAAACACAACGCGGACUUGGCCCAAACGAUCGUGACCGCAUCGGAGCUACCGUACAUUGUAUGCCUGUUGUCGUCGACCCAUACGAACAUUAAAGUUCAGAGAGGAGCGUUGGCUCUCAUCAGGGAUAUCGUCAGACACUGUUUGAGCUUGUCGGAGAACGCGAUCGAGGCAGACUUGUUUCCUACGAUAUUGGUGUUGAUGGGUAGUCCGGACGAGUUGGUUCGCAACGAAGCUGCAAAAGUCGUCGGUGAAAUGGUUAAACAAAGCGUUCAAAUUUCCCAAUUGGUAGUCAACGCUGGAGGAAUAGCCGCCCUGAUGAACGUUAUUAAGCUCAGUAAAGAACAUUGCUGUCUUCCGGCCGUGAUAGCUAUUGGUUAUAUCGCUAUCUCGUCACCUUUGCUCGCUUCUGUCAUCAUUCAGUCAGACGUGUUGCUUCCGCUCAACGGUAUUUUAGAAAACGACGACGACGAAUUCCUCAAAGCCGGUGUGAUAUGGGCGCUAGGUCUGAUAGGCAAACACAGUUGUGAACAUUCAAGAGCAGUAUGCACCACGGGCAACGUGGUUUGCAUCAUGACAGAAUCUACUAAAUCUGGAGCCGAAAUCCGACUGAAGACCGAAGUCACAAUGAAACUAUUGCUGUGUAAAUGCGACGAUUUAGUGACGUUAAAUACAUUGUUAACGGAUUCAACUCCUAUGGAAAUAGUCAUAUGCGUCUUGGAACAAUUUUUAAAAAUUUUACCAACGAACGCUAAGGCGAGACGAAGUUUUAUUCUAGACGGCCAUCUUAAAAGAAUCCAGCAAUAUAGUCCAGCUCCUGAUACGGAAAUGUACAAAAUACUGCAAGGAAUAAAUUGCUGUUUCCCAGAAGACAUUGUACAAAGAGCUACUGGAGAUUUCCCUGAAUCGGUAAUGCAAACCGUAGACAAGUAUCAACCGAAGAGCAAUUGCGUGUUUUAUAGUCGUCAUCCGAAAAGCAAUGAACUUAAUAAUUCUGACAAUUCGUCUCAUGAAGAGGAAGCAACAUUUGAAUAA